AUGAAGUCCUUCCAUCUGCUCUUGCUUGCGGCCAGCUCUGUCGCCGCUCAGAGCGGUCAGGCCACGACCACCACGGGCGGCAACGGCUUCUACACAGCCGCCGGCUCCGCCGCUCUCUUUGGCAGCGGGACCUGGUGUGGCUCGGGCUGCGGAAAGUGCUACAAUCUCACGUCGACGGGCAACGCGCCCAGCGGCCAGGGCACGGGCGGGGACAGCGGGGCGAGCAUCGUCGUGAUGGUGACGAACCUGUGUCCCUAUGCGGGCAACGAGGCCUGGUGCCCUAACAGCGGCGCCUCCAACGAGUAUGGGUACCAGUACCACUUUGACAUUAUGGCGCAGAGCCCUGUCAUUGGAGAUAAUCCGAUUGUCAACUUUGCCGAGGUCUCUUGUCCUUCGGCGGCGUCGAGCGAUUUUGCCCAGUGCCAGUGUGCAUCCUGA